CCUGAUAUUAGGAGUGGGUGGCACUAUCGCGUUAGCCCAGUUGAGUGCUGGCUGCGAUGCCGAAAGGUUUGGCCAAAAUGCUAAGUCGCCUGCUAAUCUCGCUGCUGCUGUUCGCACCCGCUGUGUUGGCCUACUUCGAGGGCUGUGAUAACACCUACAACCUCAGUCCGGGGACCACCUACGUUGAGUCGCCCUACUACCCCAGCAAUUAUCCUGGCGGCACUUCCUGUCGCUACAAGUUCACCGCUCCCCUGGACUACUACAUCCAAGUGCAAUGUUCCCUGGGAAUUCCAACGGGCAAUGGUCAAUGCACCACGGAUAACUUUUGGCUCGACACGGAGGGUGAUCUUCUGAUGCGCGGUGCGGAGAACUUCUGUGGAUCCGGAACCCUUUCGCGGGAGUCCCUGUUCACGGAGCUGGUUUUCGCCUACAUCUCCACCGGCACGAGGGGAGGCAGCUUUAAGUGCACCCUGACCACCGUCAAACAGAACUGCAAUUGUGGCUGGUCGGCCACGACGCGGAUUGCCAAUGGCCAACAGGCGGCGGCCAACGAGUUUCCCAGCAUGGCGGCCCUCAAGGAUGUGACCAAGAACCAGGCGUCCUUCUGCGGCGGAACCAUAGUGGCCCAUCGUUACAUAAUAACCGCUGCCCAUUGUAUUUACCAAGUUAGCAGGGCCACGAAUAUUGUGGCUAUUGUGGGAACCAAUAACCUCGGAAAUCCUUCCAGUUCCAGGUACUACCAGCAGUAUAAUAUUCAGCAGAUGAUACCACAUGAGCAAUAUGUGAGCGACCCCAACGUAAACAAUGAUAUCGCAGUUUUGAUAACCGCCAGCAAUAUUCAGUGGUCCCGUGGCGUGGGUCCCAUUUGUCUGCCUCCCGUAGGAACGAGCACACCAUUCACUUACGAUCUCGUCGAUGUGAUUGGCUAUGGCACGAUCUUCUUUGCCGGACCCACGUCCACAAGUCUGCAGAAGAUCAACCUAAAUGUGGUCAGCAACCAGGACUGCCAGACGGAGUACCACAAUGUGGCCACGAUAUACACUGGACAAAUGUGCACCUAUGACUACUCGGGCACAGGUCGCGACUCUUGCCAGUUCGACUCGGGUGGCCCAGUUAUCCUGCGGAAGUCCAGGCAGUUCUUGGUCGGAAUCAUCAGCUACGGAAAGAGCUGUGCUGAAUCGCAGUAUCCGAUGGGUGUCAAUACCAGGAUAACGUCGUAUAUUAGCUGGAUACGCCAAAAGAUCGGAAACUCCAAUUGUGUUGUCAGCUUGUAAUGUAAAUAAAUGGAACGGAUAAGCUUUAAUAUUUCAAAAUGA